CAUUUCUCUCUUAUCCCUCGGCAGAAGUAGUUUGCAUGCGUCGUGUUCAGUUCACGGGAGUCGUUGUUUAUAUUUAAUCGUGAAUGUUACCGGUAGUGUGCCUUUCAUUUGAAGUUUACCGAUCGAUCGAAGAUAGAAAGAGAAAGAGAGAGAGAGAGAGAGAAAGAGAAAGGAAAAGAAAAACAAUAUAUUAUUUGUAUGAAGACAAAUAAUAAGGGAAAUAUUAGAUCGGAAUUUAUCAUUAUUAUUUUUUUUUUUUUUUCAAUAGAAUAUGGCAAUAAUAUUUCAAAAAUUUCUAAUAAUAUUCAAUCUUUAUAAGAAGUACAAAUAGACUAACCGGAGAGAAGAUCAUAGAAAGAAGAUAUUUAGUUGAUAGAUCAUCUUAUUGGUUCUGAAGUAUAAGUGCUUGUGCACACGUGCAUUUAGUGUGAAAAAGAUCUUGACAAGAAUCGAAGGAGGACUUAAGAGUUCAGAUCAGAUUCCAAGAAGGAAGAACUGAGAAGAAGAGAAGAACACAAAAAAGAAAGAAAGAAAAACUUAGAAAAAUAAAUACCCUCGAUCUUUGCCCGUAUACGUUAAACAAGAAUGUCGAACGUUUCGGGAAUCUCCAAGGAGGAGACGAUCAUAAAAGGGAAGCCAACCCUCGUACGACGAGUUUCCAACAUGUUCAAAGAUGGAAAUUACAGUAGGCCACCGUUACUCUUUAGACACGCUUCGAUGCAGAAACUCCGCCAUUGCUGCCAGAAUCUGAAUCUAUUUCCAUAUCUACUUUACUCUUACGAUAACUCAAAGUCCCAUCCGGUUGCUAAGAAGGUGAACGUUUGCAUCAACGAAUUGUUACGAAGCAUUGCCGAAAGAUUUUUUUAUAUUUACAAAUAUCUACGGUGUACAUCAUUGUACGGUAAUGGUAACAAAAACAAUAACAACAACAAUAACGUCAUCUAUCCAAAGAAAAGUUCGAUCGAAUUGAAGAAAGGGAAAGGCAACGAAGCUGACCUUGUCGUCGACGAUGAAGAACGAAAACCAAUAACUAUAUUCCAAAAACAGGAACGUCAACGACAAAAGCAAAUUCCGUUCUUCCUAAUUCUCGCAGUUUAUCUAGUACCAUUGAUAUUAGCCUUCGAAAUGAUAAUAGUUUGUUCUUUAUUGAUAUUUGACAAGUACACGCCGGGUUUCGUCUUCCUUAUAAGCGCCGUUAUGUUCUUAGGAUACAUCGCGUUUAGAAUUUUCUUUUACGAGAGUAAAACUAAGAAAUCUUCGAGCAAUGGAACUAAUAAUAGAUACGCUAGGGUCACAAAGAAAACGAAGGUUCAGUGAUCCAUCUUUGAUGAUAAGAGGAUCCACAUCUCAAUAUUAUUAUCAUCAUCAUCAUCGUCAUCAUCAUCAUCAUCAUCAUCAUUGCCGUCAUUGUCAUCGUCAUUAUCGUCGUCGUUACCAUCAUCAUCAUCAUCAUUUUUAUCAUUAUCAUAUACGGCUAAAAUCUUCGUCAGACAGAAAAACAGUUGAAAUACAUCAACGAUGAGACUCUCGAAGAUUUUGGCCAUUCUCGUUUAAAACGAAGCUCCAACGGUCGAUUGCGGUACAGAGAAAGAAAGAGAAACACGCAUAAAAUAGAAAUAAAUAGAUAAUAGAUAAAUAGAUAUAAAUAGAUAAAUAAAAUAAGCCGUUGCUCUCUACGGGAGAAUCAGUGAGCUUACACUAAUGUUGAAAUGUUCCUCACUAACUUUCAUUCACGCGUGUACUUUCGCAUUUUGUCCGUUCUUCUUCUUCUUUUUCAUUCUUUUUUUAUUUGUAUUUUUUUUUUCUACACAACAUAUAUAAAUAUAUGUGUACACAU